AUCCAUGGCGCCGCGCGCAGCCCAUCCAUGCUGGUCGCAGCAGGCAGGCAGGCAUGCAUGCGGCGCCCCAGCGUGGCACGUCCACCGCUCUCCACGGCGACCUGCUCCAGGCGUCGACUAGCGUCAGUGUCAGUCCAGAGUCCAGAAGGAGCAGCAAAGCACGUACGUACAACGCCACCCACCCAUGGCAAAGGGGACGGAUCAAGAGAAAGUGCAGGACGUCAAGCAGGCGUCCGCGGGUAAGGGCGCCGCCGGCGAUGUACCGGCGGCCGGGGAGGAGCAGCAGCAGCUGGUGAUAAAGGCGCCCGUGCACUGCGACGGCUGCGGCAGGAAGUUGCGCCGCUCACUGCAGCGCAUCGAGGGUGUUGGAGAGGUGACGGUGGACAGCCGGACCAACACGGUGGUUGUGAGGGGCGGCAGAGCGGUGGUGGAGAACGCGACGGAGGUCGUGCAGGUCGUCGAGAGGAGGACCGGGGAGAAGGCGGUGCUGGUGAGCCCGUCGCCGGAGAAGCUGCCGCCACCGCCGCCGUCAGCGGCGGCCAAGGGUGGAGAGACCAACAAGAAAGGCGACGCAAACACAAAGGACAUGGGGGAGGAUGAGUUACUGCAAGUGAACAUGGAAAUGGUUACCGUUCUGAAGAUGAACUUGCACUGCGACGCCUGCAGCGAGGAGAUCAAGCGGAGGAUACUCAAGGUUACAGGUGUGGAGGAAGCCGUGCCGCACCUGAAAUCCUCACAGGUGAUGGUGAAGGGGAAAGUGGAGCCGGCAACACUGGUCGGCUUCAUCCACAAGUGCACGGGGAGGAGAGCCGCCAUCAUCAGGGCGGAGCCACUGGAUGAUCUCCUGCCGCAAUCAGCAAACUCGCCGGCGGCACCAGCGGUCGUCGUCGCGCCACCGGUUGAAGCUGAGAGCAAGAAAGAUGAGCCAUCUGAGAACUCGCCGGAGGAGAAGAAGAAUGGCCAGCAGAACGGGAAGAAGGAAGAGAUAAAUGAGGAGAACAAGGCAGGAGGAGGAGAAGAAGAGGAGGACCAUGUGGAUGAGAGCCCAGAAACGGCGAAGCCGGGCGACGCCGCCGGCGAGGGGCAUGGUGCCCAUGCCGGCGAAGCUCCAAACCAUAACAAUGGCGGCGAUGGGCUCGUGGUGGAGAACCAUACCAAGGACGGCCGCCUGUUCACCGUUCCGAUGCCGGCCGGAGUUGUGACGGUGGCGCCUGAGAUGGCCCUCAGCAACCGCAGCUACUACUACCCGCCGCCGGCGUAUCCGUACGCACAAUACUAUUACCCCUACAACCAGUACUACCAGUAUCCACAGCCGUACCCGGCGUAUGCUGCUUGCAGCCCUGCUGCCAUGUAUGGGCAUGGCUAUCCACCGGAAGCUUUCUGUGAGGAGAACCCAAAUGCAUGCACCAUCGUGUGACGUGUAGUAUGUAAUAAUAUAAAAGAAGUGAGUACUUCUGUAUAUAAUAAUCGAUCAAUGGAUCAAUGUAAUAUAUAUAUGGAACUGUAUAAAUUUCAUGGUUUCUCCAA